UUCAGUUACAUAACUUGCCGACUGUUGUUGCGACUUGCGAAGUGAUAAGUGGAUACAGCAUAACCACUUCUAUUUAUGUAGUUUUGCCUUUUGGCAAUAAAUUCAUUAUGGCUUCGCUCCGGCUUAGUGGAAUGUCUUUGGUAUCUUCCUUGUUGAAACCAAAGAGCCAUCUGGCUGGAGUGGCAUCUUUUCCAGCCUCCAGCCACUUCCAUUUCACCAUGAAAGGGCGACAAACUGACAAAACAAGCUCAAGCAAUAUUUCCCGGGACUACCCAGUGGUGGACCACGUUUAUGAUGCUGUGGUGGUAGGUGCUGGGGGUGCUGGUCUGCGCGCUGCCUUUGGUUUGGUGCAGGAAGGCUUCCGUACGGCUGUCAUCAGCAAGCUCUUCCCUACACGCUCACACACUGUUGCAGCACAAGGUGGCAUUAAUGCUGCUCUUGGUAACAUGGAGCCUGACAACUGGAAGUGGCACAUGUAUGACACAGUCAAAGGCUCUGAUUGGCUGGGCGAUCAGGAUGCCAUCCACUACAUGACCAAGGAAGCACCCAAGGCUGUUAUUGAGCUGGAAAAUUAUGGCAUGCCUUUCAGCCGCACUCCUGAAGGCAAAAUUUAUCAACGUGCAUUUGGUGGUCAGAGCUACGACUACGGUAAAGGUGGCCAGGCCCACAGAUGCUGCUGCGUGGCUGACCGCACUGGCCACUCUCUGUUACACACACUCUACGGCCAGAGCUUGAAGUAUGAUUGCAAUUACUUCAUUGAAUACUUUGCUCUAGACCUGAUCAUGCAAGGUGACCAGUGCGUGGGUGUUGUGGCUCUCUGCCUUGAGGAUGGAUCCAUUCACAGGUUCCGUUGCAAGAAUACAGUGCUGGCCACAGGCGGGUAUGGGCGUGCCUACUUCUCCUGCACGUCUGCUCACACGUGCACGGGUGACGGCACCGCCAUGAUCUCCCGUGCAGGUCUCCCAAACCAGGACCUCGAGUUCGUUCAGUUCCACCCCACAGGUAUCUACGGCGCUGGGUGCCUGAUAACGGAAGGUUGCCGCGGCGAGGGAGGCUUCUUGGUGAACAGCGAAGGCGAGCGCUUCAUGGAGCGCUACGCACCCACUGCCAAGGAUCUCGCCUCUCGUGACGUCGUCUCGCGCUCAAUGACCAUCGAAAUAAGAGAGGGCCGAGGCUGUGGUCCCGAGAAAGAUCAUGUCUUUUUACAGCUGCAUCAUCUUCCUCCUGAGCAACUUGCCGCGCGCCUCCCCGGCAUUUCAGAGACGGCCAUGAUCUUCGCGGGUGUGGACGUGACCCGUGAGCCCAUCCCCGUACUGCCCACCGUGCACUACAACAUGGGCGGCAUCCCCACCAACUUUGAGGGACAGGUUCUCACCCACGAUGGCAAGAGCGACCGUCUCAUUGGUGGGUUGUUCGCCGCUGGGGAGUCUGCAUGCGCCUCAGUUCACGGGGCCAACAGACUGGGCGCCAACUCUCUCCUCGACCUCGUGGUGUUUGGGCGUGCUUGUGCCCACACCAUCGCCCGCCAGAGCAGCCCAGGCGAUACCAUCCCGGACCUUCCUCAGAAUGCCGGCGAGUCAUCAGUAGCUAACAUCGAUAAGCUUCGCUUCAGCGACGGCGGUACCAGCACCGCUGAACUGCGCAUGGCGAUGCAGAAGACGAUGCAGUCGCAUGCUGCCGUCUUCAGAACCGGAGAUGUUCUCAAAGAGGGAUGUGAAAAAAUAGCAAAACUCUAUAAGCAAAUGGAAGAUAUCAAGCUUUCUGAUCGCGGUAUGAUCUGGAAUUCUGAUCUGGUGGAGACCUUGGAGCUGCAGAACCUCCUGCUGAAUGCCAGCCAGACGAUCGUGUCCGCGGAGGCCAGGAAAGAGAGCCGCGGAGCUCAUGCCAGGGAGGACUACAAGCUCCGCAUUGACGAGUACGACUUCAGUAAGCCGUUGGGUGAACAAAAGCCUCUGCCUAUUGAACAGCAUUGGAGGAAGCACACACUUUCUCACGUGGACCCAACAUCUGGCCAGGUGACUCUAUCGUAUCGCCCAGUGAUCGACCAAACGCUGGAUCAGCAGGAGUGUGCAACUGUUCCUCCUGCAAUUCGAUCCUAUUAGAUUUUUUAGCCUAAAUAUUGCCGAUAAAUAUUACCUAUUGAUUAUUGAAUUUCCUUCUUAAUUAUGAUUUUGAAGCCCAAACGUGAGAAUAUCUGAGUUAAAAUUCUAAUGGACUCUCAUUGGGUUCAUGACUUCAUAAAUAUACUGUGAACUGACUCGUUCAUUGAUCAUGUAACCCCUCUGAAAAUAAUGAACCGGGCAUCAAAAAAAUUAUAUUUUGUCAUUAUCUUGUAAGCGUUUCUUGCUGUCUAUCAGCAAUGAAACCACGCGAGAACCAAUUUGAGUAACAUUACACUGUCUGAAUACAUCAACUCUACUCAGGAAAUGUAUUACUAUGCAUGUCAUUUAUGAUAAACUGUUUUACAGCGUUGUAAAAACUAAGUAUUGUACCGGCGGGACGAAACGGACUCCGAAAUUCAUUACUCCAAUUACUUAGUACCAUUGUAAUUGUCUAACACUGAUAGCAGCAGAGUUUGAUAAUCUAGAUCUAUUAUAUUUUAACAAUACACGUCUGUGUAUCAUUUAUAGCACUUUCGUAUUUUCGAUCCAAGAUUAAUUUUGUUUAUUUAAAAUCAUAACUUAUUCAACAUCAAUUCAGAUAAUUAAAAGUGUUCGUUGUGAUGUUGGAAUUUUAAUAUGCGUAUAAUCGGAAUUAUGAAUGUCAAAGAUAUGAUGAAUUUUUUCCAGUUGCAAUGAAAGCCUCCUUCAUAAAUUGUAAUUGUAUUCAUAUAUAGGUCAUUACACUCUCGUUGUAAUGAGCUGUAUAUGUCCUGUACAUAUGAGAAGAUAUUCGUGAAUCGUGGCAAGGGAGCUGCUCUACGUGUACAGUUGUUGUGUAUUAUAGAUGAAGGCAGGUCCUGCUCAACGAUUCUAUUCUUCUCCGCUCAAUUCCAUUUAAAUUACAUUUUGCAGCUGAUGCUUGCUACAAUAUUGGAAAAAUAUGCUCUAGUAUAGUUAUUUCGUUAAUAAAUCUAUCCGAGAA